UGAUGUUCAAAAGAACAUGGUGACCUACUUUUAUCCCUCUGGGUGUCAGCGUGUUGGGGUGUUAGGGAUAAACCGCAGCCCAGGCUCAUUGGGGCCUGAGGUUGACAGGUAACUGGCCUCUUCCCGGCAGCACAGAGCUGAUCUGUCAACAUACAAACACACACCCUGUGGCCUGGCCUCCUCCCUGCUUCAGAGAGCUGAUCUGUCAACACACAAACACACACCCUGUGGCCUGGCCUCUUCCCUGCUUCAGAGAGCUGAUCUGUCAACACACAAACACACACACACACUAACCCUGUGAUCUGGCCUCUUCCCUGCUUCAGAGAGCUGAUCUGUCAACACACACACACACUAACCCUGUGAUCUGGCCUCUUCCCUGCUUCAGAGAGCUGAUCUGUCAACACACACACACACACAAACCCUGUGAUCUGGCCUCUUCCCUGCUUCAGAGAGCUGAUCUGUCAACACACAAACACACACCCUGUGGCCUGGCCUCUUCCCUGCUUCAGAGAGCUGAUCUGUCAAAACACAAACACACACCCUGUGAUCUGUCCUCUUCCCUGCUUCAGAGAGCUGAUCUGUCAACACACAAACACACACCCUGUGGCCUGUCCUCUUCCCUGCUUCAGAGAGCUGAUCUGUCAACACACACACACACACACCCUGUGGCCUGGCCUCUUCCCUGCUUCAGAGAGCUGAUCUGUCAACACACACACACACACACCCUGUGGCCUGUCCUCUUCCCUGCUGCAGAGAGCUGAUCUGUCAGAGGAUUUCUUCCUGCUGCUGACACCAGGACACCAGCCACAGGCUAGGACUGAGGACUGGCACGCAGAGCCCUGCUGAGCUCAGUUUCCUGACACCCGCACACACACACACACACACUACUUGUACACAUCUAUGUAUGAACAAAAAGGCAUGAACCAAAAUGAUAACAAACUGGUCCUGUCUGAAUCUAUAUUAUAACAAACUGGUCCUGUAUGAACCUACAAUAUAACAAACUGGUCCUGUCUGAAUCUAUAUUAUAACAAACUGGUCCUGUCUGAACCUACAAUAUAACAAACUGGUCCUGUCUGAACCUACAUUAUAACAAGUAUGGCUCAGUUGACAGAGCAUGUCGAUUGCAACAGUAGGAUUGUGGGUUUCGAUUCCCAGGUCCACCCAUACGUAGUAAUGUUGCUUUGGAAAAGUGUCUGCUAAAUGUCAUACACAUAAUAUAUUAAAACAUACAGUACGCCAAGCUGUAUUCUACUCUCUACCCAGAUGUCCCUUUGAAUAACUACACAUUAGAUCCCUGAUAAAGGAAAGGGGGAUACCUAGUCAGUUGCACAACUGAAUGCAUUCUCCCGAAAUGUGUCUUCUGCAUUUAACCCAACCCCUCUGAAUCAGAGAGGUGCGGGGGACUGCCUUAAUUGACGUCCAUGAGGGCUCGGGGAGCAGUUGUUGUGGGUUAACUGCCUUGCUCAAGGGAAAAACUGAAGAUUUUUCCACCUUGACAGCUCGGGAAUUCGAACCAACAACCUUUUGGUUACUAGGCCCAAUGCUCUUAACCGUUAGGCUACCUGCCGCCCAAGUAAAAGAGGAACUGAUGAAGGAUGCAACUUCUAUAGAAGCACCUCUAUCUACAGUAUCUCUGUGAGGCAAUGCUCUGUCUGGCUCCAAGGGCCUGGCUGUCUCCAGUCUACUGACUAGUAGAUUAGUUGGAAGAGAUAGUUGCUGAAUUGUGGUCAUAAUAUGUUACUAUACGCUUCAUAUAACUGACUGUUACUGCAGGUCCUGAAUACAGUAUGACAUGUUCAAAGAUUUCAAUUUGAACAUACAUUUUGUUAUGUUUUUGAGAGACCAGAGAGUAUCUGUGAUGGCUUAUAGUGUGAAAGAGGUUUGUUUUGAAUGUAUGAAAACAUCAACGUGGGAUAAAUGUGUGUUAGAGGCAACACUCUUCCUUGUACCAACAUGUGGGUUGGCUCCCACACAACACCCACUUCCUGUAGAACGAGGACCUGUCAGAUAGAGCCUCCCCUCAUCAGUACAAUCCCCCUCUACCCCAGACCACAAUGCUAUGCUGACAGACACUCACAAACCACCCUUGCCACCCUCAGACAUAGAGCUUGGGGCAGCGAUGGGGUAGAUCAGACACACCUGUCUGUGGAUGGGACACACCUGCCACCGGUCUGUGGAUGUCAUGGAUCUCCAUCUCACCCCGAGGGUAGUCUGUGUCUGGCUCUGGAUCAUAGCAGGCUGGGUGAACGUACUGGGGCAUGGGAUUAUAGAUGAGUCUGUCCCUCACCUGUCAAAGAAAGAUGUGUUGUUGUUGGCUGGUGAUGCAGAUCCAAAGUGUUUUACCAGGACACAGUAUGACUUCACCUGUUUCUGGGAGACACCAGGCAACACAGCUUAUGACUUCUUCUACAGGAAUGAUAAUGAGGAAAAGGAGAAGCGGUGUAAACUGACUCUCCAGAGGACAGAGAAGGGGGAGGAAGAGGAGGAGGAGGGGAAGGUUCUCCACAUCUGCUUCUUCCCUUGCUCUGACGUCUUCCUGUUCACGCUCACACACAUCAGAGUGGUGGAGAGCAGCUCCAACUACACACUCUUCACACGCACCAUCAGCGUUGAGGACCAGGGUCUCCUGGAACCCCCUGUGAAUGUAUCCCUUCACCCAGCAGGGCAAGCUGGGCAGUUGCAGGUGUCUUGGCAUGCACCAAGAGAUUGGGAGAACAAUGUGCAUUAUGGGAUGUAUUACUCCUCCCAGGGACUGGGGGAGAGGACAGAAUUGGUACUGAAACUCAGAAACACAAAAUCAACACCAAUUCAUCCAGUCAGAUUCACUGCAAGGGGAAAAAGACAGAUUAAGUGUUUGAUAAAGUCCAUGAGGUCCCCCAUUCACAGCCUGGUUUCUCUGCUGCCAGGGGAGGUGGUCAGCGUCCAGCUGAGGGUCAAACCCAAUGGCUACAGUGAGACAGAGACCAGCGGUCACUGGAGCGACUGGUCGGUCCCCAUCACUGCCAUGGUACCUCAGAGCGCAGCUGAUAUCUCAUUGUUGUGUCAUACCUCUGACCUGCAAAACAUCACCUGCCAAUGGAAUGGGCAGUCCUACAGAGAUGCUACCUACACCUUAACCUACAAGCUGGGACCCAGUAAAAGGGAGGGUUGGAGAAAGUGUCUGCAGAAUGAGAACACCUCCUACCACUGCCGUUUCCAUGGAGCGGAGUCCAGCGAGAUACUGGUUAAACUCAGUACUGGUCCUGGUUCUCUCAAACGGACCUUCUACACUGAACCCUUCAGACUCAACAACAGCAUUCAAACAGGCCCUCCAGGGAGGCUGAGGGGGAAGUGGGAGGGGGGCAGGCUGCGUCUGAGAUGGGGCACACCCCUACUGGCUCUGUCUCUCCACCUGAUGUACCAGCUCCGCUACCAGCCUCAAGGGGAGGCCGUCUGGAAGCUGGUGACCCUGCAGGUUUCUGAGAACAGUAUUUGUCUGGACGUUCAGACUGGCAGUCAGUACUUUAUCCAAGUCAGAGCCAGGCCCAACGGGUCAGUCUAUGCUGGCUACUGGAGCGACUGGUCACCCCCACUUACUGUGGACACACCUUCAGAUAUAGCAGGGGCCCUCUUCAUCAUCUGCAUUCCUCUCAUGAUGCUCAUCCUAUCAGUUGUGUUCCUCUCAAUGAUCUCCAGGUAUCUCAGUAAGCUCAAACGGUAUCUGUGGCCACCAAUCCCAAAUCUUGACAAAGUCCUGCACGGGUUCCUGACAGACAUCAACGGCCAGACUUGGGACCCUCCCUUCAUCAUCAAGCAAUAUUCUGAGGAGACCCCAGCCUCUGUGGUGGAGAUUAUGUCUGAGAGGGAGGCUCCAGAUGGAGGGAAGCUUCCCAGGGAGUCCUCCUUACUACUCUCCCCAGAACGAGGCUCCGCUGGCGGGGAGGAGGAAAGGCUCCCCACCCUGGCCCUGGAGCUCAGCCAGGACUACGUGACCCUGGCCACGGAUGACGUCAUCCCCUGUCUCCGAGGGAACAAGUAUGUGUAUGACGGGGAGGUGGGGGCAGAGUCUCGAAGCCUGGGGGAAGAUGAGGUUCUCCAGAUGAGGUGUCACUGCUCCUCCAACUUCCCAUCAUCCUCCAGUACCACGGACAUCCUCAACCGCUCCUACAUGCUGCUGGCCGAACAGCCUAUAGAGAGACCGGACUGUCAGGACAGCAGCAGGGCCUGCAAGCUCUAUGCCAACCUGAAGGGAACAAACUCAGCUAAUGCAAACACCUGAUUGGCACAGCUCAACAAGGGCACACAAACUGGACAGUUACAAAACAUCAAAACAAUAUCCAUUACAUCACUACCAAAACAUGUCCUUGCAUACAGCUUAUUAAAGAUGUAUUUUAUGACUAAUGGGUUAAUAUAUCAAGUGCACCCAAAUGUGAAUGAACGGAUAUGGAUCGAUAUAUGUUGCACGGUCAUACUAUAUACUGUAAAUAUAAAUAUAUUUAACUUGUCACAUAUCUGUCUGUAAGGUAUAUACUGUACAGUGCAUUCAGAAAGUAUUUAGACCCCUUGAUUUUUCCACAUUUUGUUACGUUUCAGACUUAUUCUAAAAUGGAUUACAACUUCUUCCGGAUCGGUGUUGAGCUAACGUAGGCUAAGGUGAUUAGCGUAAGGUUUUAAGAAACAAACAAAAAAUCCCAGGACAUAGACAUGUCUGAUAUGGGCGAAGUUUAAAUUAUUGUUAAUCUAACAGCACUGUCCAAUUUACAGUAGCUACUCGAGUGAAAAAAUACCAUGCUAUUGUUUGAGGAUAGUGCACAAUUAUGAAAAUGUAUGAAUAAACCAAUUAGGCACAUUUGGGCAGUCUUGAUACAACAUUUUGAAUAGAUAUGCAAUAUUUCACUGGAUCACUCUAAAACCUUGCAUAUACCGUGCUGCCAUCUAGUGGCCAAAGUCUAAAUAACACCUGGUCUGGAAUAAUACAUUAUGACCUUCCUCUUGCAUUGAAAAUUCUCUACUACCAGAUCCCAUGUAUUAUAUUCUCCUACAUUCAUUUCACAUUUCCACAAACUUCAGUGUUUCCUUUCAAAUGGUAUCACGAAUGUGCAUAUCCUUGCUUCAGGGCCUGAGCUAAGG